AUUAUAAAGUAGAAUGCAAGCAAAGGCGUGGGCUGAUGGGCCAUUGCUAGCGAGCGUAUGAACAUUUAAAUUUUGGUUCGGCUUUUCGAUAGGGUUUUCGAAAAUCACAACAACUAUUUUAUUUCAACAAAUUCUUAAAAACUCAACUUUCUCAAUUUUGUUCCUCUCUUUUACUUUCAAAAAUUUCCCCUCUCUCAGAUUUUCCCGGAUUUUUAUUUGAAUGUGGUGCCAUUUCCAUUUUUCAAACUUCACACACAAACUGAGCCACCAUGAAUUCAUCAGAUCCAUCUCUGGCAUUACUGGCCGCGAGCGGUGGUGAUACUGUCAAACUUUUCGAUGUGUCUGGUAAGCCUGGCGAUCCAUGUACCUUAAGCUACACUCCAUCUCCCGGUUGCCAAGUCAAUUCUGUCAAGUGGAACCACACCAAUUUGGUGGUGGCCAGUGCUGGCGAUGAUAAGAAGAUUUCAUUAUGGAGGAAGAGUGGACAGAGCAUGGGGACCAUUCCGGUUUCUGGGACUGAUAGUGGAGACAACAUUGAGGAGUCUAUUCUAGCUAUCAGUUUCAGCAACAAGGUUUCUAGAUACAUAUGUACGGGUGGAAGUGGCCAGGUUGUUAGAAUAUGGGAUUUGCAAAGGAAGCGCUGUAUUAAAUGGUUGAGGGGUCACACUAAUACGAUUACUGGUGCAAUGUACAAUUGCAAGGAUGAACACUUGGCUUCCAUUAGUCUUAGUGGGGAUCUUAUACUUCACAACCUUGCAUCUGGGGCACGGACUGCUGAACUCAAGGAUCCAAAUGAGCAGGUAUUGAGAGUUCUUGAUUAUUCCCGGAUUAGUCGGCACCUUCUAGCGACUGCAGGUGAUGAUGGGACUGUACAUUUAUGGGAUACUACUGGUCGCAGCCCAAAGGUUUCUUGGUUGAAGCAACAUUCUGCACCUACUGCUGGUAUCAGCUUUUCACCUUCCAAUGACAAGACAAUUGCUAGCAUUGGUUUAGAUAAAAAGUUGUACACUUACGACUCAGGAUCUAGAAGACCUUCAUCUUGCAUUUCUUACGAAGUACCUUUUUCUUCGUUGGCAUUUAGAGAUGAUGGCUGGGUACUAUCGGCUGGAACAAGCACUGGUCGUGUAGUCUUCUAUGAUGUUCGUGGAAAACCGGAGCCAUUCACUGUUCUUAGAGCAUAUAGCAGUUCAGAGGCUGUUACUAGCUUAUGCUGGCAAAGGUCAAAACCAGUUAUUGUAAAUGAAAGUAGCUGUACUGCUGAAACUGCCCUUCUGGGAGAUUCUGUUGAAGAUUCAAUUCUUAUGCCUGAUCCACUUCCCUCUAUGACCUCGUCUAGCCUCUCUCUAUCUACAGCAGUACCAGGUUCUCGGAAUCCUGGUCGUUCGGGUCCCUCUCUUGAAACACCUUCAAUUGCAGCAACCAGCAGUGGAUUUACAUCAGGCAUGCUACACAUGCCUUCUGCAGAGGAAACACCACAGCGAAACCAUUUGUGGCCAGGUGGGGCAUUGGGUAGGUUACACGCCCCUCGUACAAGUUAUAACUUCAAGGAUGAAAUGGAGGUGUUCUCUCCUCUUGUGGAUGUUCAACCCAUCACACCCACUCUUGACAAGUUCUGGGAUGAUCCUGAGAAAUCAAAAAAAGAGCAUUUGCUAUUAGACAAGAAGCCAUCAUCACUUCUGUUUCCUUCAUCUACGAGAAGAUUUCCUUUUUCAAAGGAUGGUGGCAUUGAUCAUCCAAUAUUUGAUUGGAAGCCUAACUCAACUUCUGAACAGGAUGACGCCAAAUCUUCAUUUGGAGUAAUGGGUUCAACACCCUCUCCAUCUUCUAAGAGUGAGGACUCCUCAUCCAUCACACCUCCAGAAGCUUGGGGUGGUGAGAGACCAUCUGAUAAAUAUGCCCACCUGCGCACUUUGCCGUCUCGAUUGGGAAUGUUUGCGUCUAGUAGUCAGACAACCGGGUCAGUUUUUUCUGGAUUACCCGAUCUGUCCUCAACAAGUCAAGCAACUAUUAGCUCCUCAACAAAUUCCAACUUUAGUUAUGCAAACUUGCGAAAUAAAGAUAUUUCUUUAAAUCAAGAGAGUUCUAUAGCCCUUCCAGAACACUUGACCUCUAGUUCAAUGGCUGUCUCUCCAAGUACCAAAGGCAUUGUAGGACAAGCUAACCUUGAACCAUUAGGUUCUCCGUCCCUUCCUCGAAGAUUUUCCACUUACGCAGAGAGAAUAAGUACUACAUCUUCCUUCAGUGAUGGAACAUCACUCUCUACGGGUUCGCCAAAAAUAAAGAAAACAGGAGUUGAAAGAGAAGAACUAUUUAGCAGCAUUUUAUCAAAGUCAGACACAUCAGCUGCCUUAGAAAUGGGAAUUCAUCCCACAGUAAAUGGGGGAACCUUACAACCGCAGAAGAUCCCUCAGCAGGAUGCACAGCAAGGAACUUCCUUUACACUACAGCUUUUUCAACGUACUCUGGAAGAGACUCUAGGUUCCUUUGAAAAAUCAAUGCAUGAAGAUAUAAGAAAUCUCCACAUUGAAACAUUAAGGCAAUUUCAUAUGCAAGAGAUGGAAAUAUCAAACGCGAUGAAUGUUAUUCUGGAAAACCAAGCUGAGCUGAUGAAAGAAGUUAAGUCUCUAAGAAAAGAAAACCAGCAACUCAGGCAAUUGCUUUAAACAUUGGUUGGUCAAGAGUUAUCAUUCUCAUAUACAUUCCCAAUCAAAGAUAUAAGGGGAAAAUUGGCUAUCAAAGGUGGCAGGAGAGAAAAAAUGUGAAGACAGAAGAAAAUUUCAUGUACAGCAACUAUCUCAGCCAAGCCAACUAAUUGAUGCUUUGAGUUAAGUGAUGCAAAUUCAAAAUUUUAUAUAGAAUGUGUUUUGUUCAGUGAAUCUAGAAAACUUUGUAUGUUUAUUAUUUAUUUAUUUUUCUAUUAUUAUUAAUGUAUAGCAAUCAGCGAGUUCGAGUUUUAAAAAGAGCUCCAUUACGAACUUGGAAUGCUUUUUUGAGUUCUUGAAUUUGAUCUUUUAGGCUUUGAGUUUGGUUCA